CUCGCCGUCUCUGCAAGAUUAACGAUGGCAGUUUGCACGCACAGCUACUAGAAGAUUUACAUCUGUCAGACAGGUUGCUGACGUCGUCAAGCUUCGUUUGAGUCUGCGCGUCAGAAACGGAAGUGCUAAAAAAUGCUAAAACUGGGCUUCAUUUGUCUCAAUUGAGUUCCAAUGGGGUCGCUGUGUGCAUUUCUUUUACUGUCUAUGUAAAAAACACUAUACAUCUGUUCAGUCCAAACAUUUAAAGGCGACCCGGAGGAAGACUCGUGUACCGGAAGUAGAAGGUGUAGUUCCACCCCGCGCGGGCGAAUUUGAAAGAAGAGCAGAUUCGUUUACACUCGAAAACAGAGAAACUUGUUUUUAUGUAAUUCCACAUAACGUUGACAGAACGUUUAACGGAUUGGUCAGUGUUAGGAAAACAAAUGCGCAGCUCUUGUAUGUUGUGAUCGUUAGCUUAGCUUCGUUUAGCUUAGCAAGAUGAGCAUCAAAGCCGAGCGAGUAUCGAUGAAGAGCGGCGCUGGAAGCAGAAAUUCAGAUGGAAGAAGAUCCAGCAGGUUAUUAUCCCUGUCUCCUGAAGCUGAGGCUCCAGCUGUGGCUGUGAAGCGGUCAAUCACUGUCAGGAAGAUUGCUCCCAGGAAAACUCAGGCGCUGUGUGACAGUAACAAGGAGAAUGUGUCUGGAUCAUCUGCAGUGGUGAAGUCGUCUCCAGCUGCAGCAUCGGUCCUCUCGCCCGUCCCGCCUCCUCCGUCUCCAUCAUCUGUGUCUGCUCUGCACAGAGAGCCGGAGCAGGACCCCGUCUGGCCCCUACGAGUGCGGCGCUCCUACAGUCGCCAGAGUCCGGGGGACCGGUCCUUCGGCAGCCCAAACGCCCGUCCUGCUCCUCCCUCUUCUCACAACACCCCAGACACCCUGUUUGGUUUCGAGAGGCUUCAGACGCCAGAGGUGAUGCGCACUGCUGCUGUGGGCUCCUUCCACCUCUCCGCUGCGGAUGACAACGUGUCCCAGCCUCCAGAGAUCGAUCCUAACAUCCCCGGUGUGUGUCUGGGGAAGAAGACGGCCAGGAGGAAGCGUGUCCAACAGAUGAAGGUUUGUAGAAAUGUAGCACUGCAUCAGUGUCUCAUCAAUGGAUGCUCUGCAGUGAAUGGGUGCCGUCAGAAUGAGAGUCUGAUAAAAACAUCCCAAUAAUCCACAGCACUCCAGUCCAUCAGUGAACAUCUGGAGAAGACACAAGAUGAAACACAUGUAAUGAAGCUGUAGUGCAGCGCAGGGUUUCCUGGAUGUGAAGCACAGAUGCAGCACACAUCUCUCAUUUCUACUUCAGCCAAUAGAAUUGCAGGACUGCCUUUCAAACAGCACUCUCUCUUCACAAACACCUGUUUAUUUGCUCUGAUCCGUUGUGAUUUUUGUCCUGCUCUUUCAGAUGUCGGAGCUGGACCUUCUUGCCGCGGAGAUGAAUGCAGAGUUUGAGGAAGCAGAAAGUUUUGAACUGUUUGUUGAAUGAAGAGCCACGCGCUCGGGACAUUCCCACGUCACACUGCUUCGUUAUCGUCAUCGCGUUUACUGCCCUUAAAUCUGAUCUGAACGCUUGUUUUAAGAGUUAGUUGUUCUGAUAUAAUCACAAUGCUGCAUUCAUCAGUUAAUCUUUGAAUGACGUCCGCUGAUGAAAAAACCUGUAGUGAUUUUAUUUGUUUUUUUCUCUUAUUUGAUUUACCCCAGAUCUCCUGGUAGAUGGUUCAUGUUUACUACAUGACUGUAGUGUUCUACUGUUUGAAGAAGAAGCGUUGUAAAGCAGUAGUAGCCUGUCAGAGCUGAAAGUGUAUAUAACACAGGCAUACUGCAUUUCUGUUCAUACUAAAUGACAUCAUGUUUAAAAUAUCUAGAUGAGUUGAUCUAUAAAUCUUUAGAUGUGUUUUAUAUCAGAGUAAGUGUCUAAAUAUAUUAAUGUAGCCUUAUUUAACAUUGUCUACUUUGUCUUGUCCUUUUUUUGUCAUUAAAUUGAAGCGUUUUGUAAUUUCCUGUUUUAUGUUUUCCAGAUUGUAAAUAAAGCCUGUAUUUGUAAAAAGAAAAAUGUUAGAUUUUUUUUUUUUUUAAUAAAUGCAGCUUUUAUUGAGAUUAGACAGUUUGUUUUGUUUGUUUUUGUUUUAUCAGUCAUGGAUGUAUCUAAAUAAGCAACAUAAGAUAUUUUUUUUUU